AUGUAUCCCAAUGACCCGUACCCCUUGGUACCUAAGAAUCUCCCCAAUCAGCUCGCCCUUACCCGACCCGACAUAGCGCCCGCAUAUCUUUCCAUCCCGAAUAAACAGAAACGUCGGCACCUCCACUACCUUCAUAUCCCUCAAAAACUCCAUACAGCUGUCGUUCUCGUCCCCAUUCAUCCGCGCAAACACCACCGUGUCCGCCAUCGACCGCGACAGCUUCAGCACGGUCGGGUACACCUUCACGCACGGCCCGCAGUGCUUGAGCCCCACGUCCAGCACAAUCAGCUUCCCGUCCGCGCGGUGGGCCGCGAUCAGCUCCUCCACGUCCCGGCGGCCGUGGAUCUGGACCACGCCGGAGUGCCGGUCCCCCUGGUCAGGCCCUAUCGCGUCCUCCUCGUGAAUUUUUUCCAUCCCUUUGUAGAAGCUGAAGUGGGGGACGCGGUUGAUUUUUUCGCGGGCGCAGAGCCGGCGGGUCUCCUCGGACUCGUCUCCCAUCACGAGAAGGAAGUCGACGUCGCUGCAAUUGCGGCUGAGGUCGACCAUAAACGGGUAGAUCUUGCUGCUGUCGUCGCUGUCGCUGGCGGCGUAUUCCACGACUACCAGGCGGCUGCCGGCCAAGCGGAGGGCCGAGUCGAAUUCGUCGGCGCUGUGGAUCCUCUGGACGCGAGAGGUCUCGACGCUGUUGGCAGCGGCCGCGGAGGUGGAUUUUGCGGCUGGGUUGGGGUGGCGGGUGGGUACGAGGUUGAUGGGGUAGGGUUUGGGUUUGGGUUUGGAUUUGGGGGAGAGAUUGUUGUAUUUUAA